GAGUCGAGUCUCCGACAGGGACAGACAGACAGACAGACGACAAGUAGUAAAAGUUGUCGUCGCGUCCGCUGCCUAACCUUCGCAUCUUUAGUUAAUUAAAUAGGGUCAGAGUCAAGAUGGUUUCAGAAGACAGGUUAAAAGAAUUGGUUGAAAUAAAAAAUAAACAAAGAGCUGCAACCAAAGCAGAAUAUUGGAAGCAAAUGACUAAUCCAUUCAGACAUGCAACAGGAGAAGGUGGAUAUUUGUUUGAUACUGGUAUUCAAAGAUGGAUGGCUAUGGAAGCAACAGGCUACAACUUCUUCAAACCAACCCCAAAAAAUGCCCUUGGAGGGGUGUUGUUUAUAGUUCUGCCACUUGCGUUGUGCAUGUACAAGGUGAAGACAGACAGGGAUGCGAGAGAACAGAAAUACCGCUCGGGCUUGAUUGCAUACAGAGACCGAUACCACAAGUUUAUUUAAGUGGAAAGGAAUAAGAGCUUUGUUGUGCUUGAACAUAGUUUAAUACAUAGAAUAUCUCUUGUAGUACCCCACAAAGUGUAUAAUUUUGUUCAUGAUUGUAAACUACUGUGUAAAAUAUAAUUAAUUAUUAUUA